GGUUUGGGGUGCUUGGGGCGGGUGUCUCUGGACAGCCGGUGGUGUGAGGAGACCCUCGAGGCGGGUGCAGGGCCCUGUAUUUGGGCUCCUUGGGCUGGGUUUCCAUCAUCACUCGUUUGGAUUUGUUUUCCUCGACGGCUUCUGUCAGUUUUAGCCCCUUUUUCAGCUAUGUUUGAGGGAGGUUUUCUUAAUUCCCAGCAAAAGCUGCUGCCCUGGUUUGGAGGUUUUGCACAGAUGUCCCUCUGGGCUGUGUGAGGGCGGGGAGGGCCUGCAGCACAAUGUUCCCUCAGGUUGGUCCCCAGAGCCCACAGCUCCCUGUGCACAGGAAGCUGGGAGCUGGUGAGCCCUGCUUCUUGCCAAAAAAAAGCCCCAAAUAUGUGAUUUUAUCACUUUUCUGGCCAAACUGCUCUGAAAUGAGCUUGUAUCGAGAUUAACCCAGCAUCUGUGAAGUCGUAAUGGAUUUACAGCGUGGUGGCUGAGGUCAGAUUUUGAGCCUGUUUGUGUUUUUUAGUCUUGGCUUGUGCUUUGCGACUCCUCUUGUGGCUUGAGGGUCAUGCAACACGCUCAGGUUUAUCCAAGAGCGUUCAGUGACACUGCUGAAGGAUUCUGGGGUUUUACUUUGACGUUUUAGGAAGGUUUCGUGGCUUUUGAUGGUGAGAAGACGUACUGGGGACUCAGACCAUUCAGUUUAGGAAGAAAGAAAAUACUUGUGUGUUUAAACUGUACUUCCAAGCGCUUGUGGAAGUGGAGUCUUCAGGGUUCCAUGUUGUUUUGCAUAAUAAGAAAGUUUUAAAUCCUGAAGGAAAAGAGACAGAAUUUUAAACAUCUGCGUUUAAUAUUUAUAAUCAUGGGCAGAGUGACCAAUAUUCACUCAAGCCUUUUACACAGAGGGAGGGAAAUACACAAACAGUAAACAUGGAGAUUAUUAGGAUUAUUAUAAUUAGGAAUUAUAAAUUCUGAAGAAUUCUCACAAAUAAUGUGGGUCUUCUUUUCCUUGAUGUUAAAAAGCAGACUUCAGGCCUCCUGUGAAUGCUGGGUAAUGCCCCAAAAUACCCAGAAUGUCUUCAUUUCAACCCCUUAGCAAUGGAAGAAACAUUCUUUUCUUAGUUUCUAUAUUUCUUUUUGGAGAAGGUUCCCAUGGGAAUUAAAGUGCUGAGCUGGCAUUGCAUGGGAAACUCAAACAAGCUAAAAACCUCCUACUUCAAAAAAUCAAUUUAAUGUACCCCAGACACAGAAAUUGAGAUGUUUUGUAAAUAAAAAGCCACAAAAGCAAAAAUAGAAAAGCUUUAUAGUUGUGAGUGAAAUGCAGAGUCGUUUUAAGGCUGGUUUGUCUGCUCCUAAACCUGCUCCAAACUUUUUUGGGAGCUCACAAAUGGGUAAAUUUAAAGCAAAUCUUGUGAUAUUGAUUCUCCAAACAUGAGCCUGGCAGAUAACCGCCUUCUAAAGCUUCUGCAGCAAAAAGCACCAGUUUUGUACAAUAAAAAUGUAUUUAAAAGCUGCAACAGCCCCUCUCAUAACUCACAGCUGGGAAUAUUUUCUGUAAUUUUAUUUUGGAGCCUUUUUUCCCUGUUGGGAUGCCAGUGGUUGCAGCAUAGCCUUUCCCAGGAGAGUUGGGCUGGGAGCCUGGAGCAGUGUGGGGGAUUGGGAUUUACAUUUGGUUACUGCUCCUCUCUUCUGGCCUUAAUUAGAUCCAAUUCAUGGUGUAGGGAAGCAGGGAUUGGUUCUGGGAAGGGCCGGGACACAGGCCCAGCCAGGAUGUUGGAAACCCACCUGGGACUUCUUGGAACGCUUGUCUGGACACCUCCAGGAACGGUGACUCCAGCACUGCUCUGGGCAGCCCCUUCCAAUGCCCUUUCCAGGAAGGAAUUUUCCCUCAUACCCAUCCUAAACCUCCCCUGGUACAACCUGGGGCUGCUUCCUCUCAUCCUGCUGAUCCCUGCGAACAGAGCCUGACCCCAGCUGUCUCCAGCCUCCUUCCAGGGAGUUGUACAGAGUGAAAACUGUACCACGGGCUCCAGGAAUUCACCUCAGUGUCACGGUGCUCGCAUUCGGACUGGGGAGAAGACAGAAGUUGGGAAGGAAUUUCCGUGUUCCUGUGCGUUUCCCAGAAAUCCCAAAGGGUGGGAAAGCCAGGCCUCUUCCCAUGGCAUCCCUCUGCCCGUGCUGUCCCUGGUUUUGGGAGGCUGUGGCCGCUCUGGCCUCCCUGCGGAGCGGUGCCAGGUCCUGGUGCUGGACCUCAGUCUGUCCUGGGCUGCCACGAGAGGGAAAUGUUCCUCCGUGGGAAGCUGAAGCCUGCUGUCAAGCAGGUUCCUCAUGGGAUCCCUGCACCGGGCUCCUGGGAAAUCUCAAAAGCUUAAAAAGCAAUUCCCUGUGUCCCCCUGUGUGGAGCUGGGUCCGGAGAACAGCACUGUGUCACUUCCUUCCCCUGCCCAGAGCGGAAAUUCCUUCCCCUCAAGAAAGGGAUUAUCCUCUGUGCUCCAGAAACUUCACCUCUGUUCUCACCAUGUUCAGAUAUGGCUGGGGAAAAGGAGGAACCUUCCUGACCUGCUUUAUUCCCACUUGAAACUUCAUUUUGUUAAACAAAAUCCUUGGAUGUCACCUUGGGACUUCUCUUGGGAAUAAGGGAUGGGGCAUAGUGGCAUCUGAGUGUUCCAAAAUCGAGCAGAAAGGAGAUGGGGAAGGGUUUCCACCUCUGGUUUUUUUUUGUUCUCCAGAUGUAUUUUUGAAUUCCAGAGGAUCCUGGUGUUUGUUGCUGGAGCUGGUGUUGGAUGGGCUGUGCUCACUCCCACUGUUGGUUGGGAUUGUUGCUGUUGGCUUCUUCAGCUGCCAAGCCUUGAGCUGGAUGCUUGUUCCAUACUGUAGUCACCCCUGGGAAAUACUAUGGAUUGGCAAGGAAAAGGCUUCCUCAGCAACGCCAGCUGCUUGUAGGAAAACAAACCAGGCAGGCAGAGAGGCUGGGAGCAUUAAUAUGGUAAAAGAGGUUUAAUUUUGGCAGAAAUACCAGAAAUUUGGGAGCGUGUUCGCUUUGAGGUCCAGGCACACCACAGAGGUGAUUGUACAGCUCCACUUUUAGCUGUAAAUAAACCAAUAUCCAACUCUGGAAGUGAAAUUAAACUAUUGUUGGACUGAAAUCUAGCUUUGGGGAGUGGAGAAGAACUUGGGAACUCCACCUUAAAGCCCAUUUUCCCCCUAGUUCAUUAAACCUGACCUCAGUUCUUAACUUUGUCCCCCCAGUUGUGGCUGUUUCCUGCUGGGGGUGGUUUGGGAAGCCCAACACUGGGGUUUUGGGGGUGUCUGGGUACCUGCUUUGAUAAAGCAGAAGUGGUUUGGGGGCUGCAGAAACAGGAAAAAAUGGUGUAUAAUGGAUUUAAAAACUCAUUUCUGAUGUGGAGCAGACUGUUUGAAUGUAGAGGAACAUUGGUUGGGCUCUGAUGGCGAUGCUGGCAUGUAGGUUCAGUGUAAGCCACACUGAGCAAGCUCUGAACAAUUGCAGACCCUGUUACCUGUGCUCCUGAACAACCAGGAUUAGGGGAAAAUACAGGAAAACGGAAUGCUCUAAUCACAGUCUGCUUUGGGGUGGAAGGCACCGUAGAGAUCACCUGGGCCAUGGCUGGGACACCUCGCACUCAUCCAGGGUGCUGCAGGCGCUUGUGCAAGAGCGCAGGCAGGCCAGCAGUGCUGCCCGUGGUGCCCACCGGUCUGUACUGGUGAGGACCAGAAGUGACCAGCUGAGCAGUGAUGGGUUUUGAGGUGCUUUACGGGCAUUUUGGUUCAUUCUUUGUCUCAGAUUGGGAAAUGAACCCUCUGCAAGUUGGUGUCUUCAGGGAAACUCGCAGCUCUGCUCCUCCUCCCUCCUUCAUCGUGUGGCCUCAGCCCCUUCCCUGCUCCCACCAGGCUCCUCCCCUCUCCAAAAAAGAGACCACAUCUUUUAAUUUGGCAGCCUCAGCUCUCCAGCUGAGGAAGCAGCGUGUGCUCCGCGCUGGGAACGGCUACAGCAGAUGAAAGGACACAAGCACACAUUGCCUCAGCCCCAGCAGAUGCUGACACACAACUGCUUCUGCUGGGGAGUGUUCCACUGAGCCAGAGGGGCUUGGACAUAGUACUGCUUGAUUUCCCUGAUUUUUCCACUCCUGUUUAGAGAUGGCAUCCGAUGUUUCCUCGCUGGGUGCAGCUGUUGGCUCCGGGAGCUCCGGGUCAGGAGCCCAGGCUGGAGGAGCUCAGAGGCCCAGCAAGAGACGGCCCGGGCUUGAUUUUGAUGAUGAUGGAGAAGGGAACAGUAAAUUCCUCAGAUGUGAUGAUGACCCGAUGCCAAACGAUAAAGAGAGAUUUGCCAGGUCUGAUGAUGAGCAGAGUUCAGCGGAUAAGGAGAGACUUGCCAGGGAGAACCACAGCGAGAUCGAGCGCAGGAGGAGGAACAAGAUGACGGCCUACAUCACGGAGCUGUCGGACAUGGUGCCCACGUGCAGCGCCCUGGCCCGCAAGCCGGACAAGCUGACCAUCCUGCGCAUGGCCGUGUCCCACAUGAAGUCCCUGCGUGGUACUGGCAACACCUCCACAGAUGGCACCUACAAACCCUCCUUUCUCACCGACCAGGAACUCAAACACCUGAUCCUGGAGGCAGCUGAUGGCUUCCUGUUCAUCGUGUCCUGCGAGACGGGGCGCGUGGUGUACGUGUCGGACUCGGUGACGCCGGUGCUGAACCAGCCGCAGUCCGAGUGGUUCGGCAGCACCUUGUACGAGCAGGUGCACCCCGACGACGUGGGCAAGCUGCGGGAGCAGCUCUCCACCUCCGAGAACGCCCUGACAGAGGGAACCAAGCCCUGGUGCCUUUCUACCAAGGAUGCUGCAGCCCCCCCUGAGAAUGCAUCUAAAGGUCGCAUCCUGGAUUUGAAGACGGGGACGGUGAAGAAGGAAGGGCAGCAGUCCAUGAGGAUGUGCAUGGGCUCCCGGAGAUCUUUCAUCUGCCGAAUGAGGUGUGGCAACAGCUCUGUGGAUCCAGUCUCUGUCAAUCGUCUCAGCUUCAUGAGGAAUCGCUGCAGGAAUGGUUUAGGUGCAGCCAAGGAUGGAGAGCCUCACUACGUCGUCGUGCACUGCACGGGCUACAUCAAAGCCUGGCCCCCAGCAGGUGUUUCCCUGCCUGACGAUGACCCCGACGCUGGCCAGGGCAGCAAGUUCUGUCUCGUGGCCAUUGGCAGGCUCCAGGUGACCAGCUCCCCCAACUGCACAGACAUGAACAACGUCUGCCAGCCCACAGAAUUCAUCUCCCGACACAACACCGAAGGAAUUUUCACCUUCAUCGACCACCGCUGUGUGGCCACCGUGGGUUACCAGCCCCAGGAACUUUUGGGGAAAGACAUUGUGGAUUUCUGCCAUCCAGAAGACCAACAGCUUUUACGGGACAGUUUUCAACAGGUGGUGAAGUUAAAAGGCCAGGUUCUGUCAGUCAUGUUCCGCUUCCGAUCCAAAAACCGGGAAUGGCUGUGGAUGAGAACCAGCUCGUUCACCUUCCAGAACCCCUACUCGGAUGAGAUCGAGUACAUCAUCUGCACCAACACCAACGUCAAGAACUCGAGCCAGGAGUCCCGUCCUGCCCUGGCAAACUCCAUGCCAAGGCCUCAGCUGGGGCAGAGCGUCAGCCUUCCCCUGGACAUGGGCACAGCCCCACUGCCCUCAAGGCAGCAGCAGCCACCGCAGGCAGAGCUGGAAGUGGGCCCAGGAAGGGAGAGCUUGGCUGGGUACGAGCACUCACAGGUGCCCGUCCAGCCUGUGAGCGCUGCCGGCCCCGAGCACAGCAAGCCCCUGGAGAAGGCCGAGAGCCUGUUCAGCCAGGAGCGGGACCCUCGCUUCGGGGACAUCUUCCCCGGCAUCAGCACAGACCAGAGCAAAGCCAUCCCUGCCAGCACCAUGCCGGCCAACCCGCCCCUCUUUGCCCAGGGAAACACCUUCACUGCUGCACGGCCUGCUGAGAACUUCAGGAGCAGCAGCAUGGUCCCUCCAGUGAACAUCAUCCAGCAGCAGCCCUCGCCCGCCGGCCGGAUCUUACCGCAGAUUCCCCGCCACUCCACCCCAGCUCAGGUCAGCGGGACCACCUGGGCUCCAGGGACACGGCCAGUGUUCACACCCCAGCAAGUGGCAUCCCAGGCCGUGAAGACCCGACCGCCUUCCUUCAGCAUGGGCACAUUCCAGGGCACGCCGUCCUCCUUCAGCUCCAUGGCAGGGCCGGGAUCGACGGCCUCUCCCACCACGGUGCCGUACCCAGCCUUGGCCAGCCGCGGCACAGGCUUCACAGCCACAGAGGCAGCGCAGACCCCGGCCCCGUUCCAGCCCCGCGCCGCCGACGCCGUGGGAAUGUGGCCGCAGUGGCAAGGACAGCACCACGGCCCAGGAUCCGGGGAGCAGCACGUGCAGCAGCCCCAGCCCAGCCAGCCUGAGGUCUUCCCAGACAUGCUGACCAUGUUGGGGGACCAAGGGCCCAACUACAGCAAUGAAGAAUUCCCAGAGUUGAAUAUAUUCCCUUCUUUUUCUGAAUAAAACAAGCCUUAGGGGAAACAGCUCUCCACAAUAUCCACGUGUAAAGGAAAACAGCCGAGUCUUUUUCUCAAGGAACUGUCUAAACCCUUCCCACCUUCUGGAAGUGGAGCUCCGAUGGCCGUGGAGGAGGAGGUGGUUUGGACACCUCCUCCAUGUGGGAUUGUUCUGGAAGCUUCAGGACUUGAGUGCCACCAGGCCGGAGGCCCCGUGUUCCCAGAGCCGCUCCCAGGUGGAAUUUUUUGGAGGGAUUCCUGUCUGGAUCACAGACAGCCCUUCCAAACUUUUAAGGUGGCUUUGACUGUUUUUAUUUCAUUUUCUGCCGUGACUUUUUCUAUAAAACACAAACUAUUGGAAUUUUGAAAUGCUGGAAGAAACUCUUCCAAGUGUUAUCCCUGUAAACACAAUCCUGGAGGAUGCUUGAGUAAGAAUCCGUGUCCUAAGCCAGCGUUUUCCUCCUUUUUGGAGGAGAUUUGGCUGUUUUUGGAGGGUUGUUACGGCGUCUCCAGUCCAGGGUGCUCCAUGUGGAGAUUCCAGUGUUUGUUUGGAAUCUUCUCUCUCCUGUGAACUGUGCAAUGAAAUCGGUGUGAUCCACGACCCCCCGUUACCCCGGGAUAAUUAACAAGCCAUAAAAAACAUUACCCAUGUAGCUUUCUUCUGGAUGAAUCUGUUUUCCAGCUGGUGGUUUCUGUGCUGCCACAAACCGAAGUUUCAACAGGUUUUUUGGGAUAAAACCUGGUCCACGCUGUCCAUGAACUUUUAUCACAGGUAGAUGAGUUCCUCGUGAGUCCUCGUGGAGCUGGAUGU